AGGUUGAGAAGCACUGGUCUAGCCUCUGUACAAUAUAGUAAGGUAAAUUUAAUUAUCACUUCGUAUUUUUGAGUUAUUACUACACGCGUAAAGAGAAUUGAAUUUAAAGUACCAUUCAUGUUGUACGAUUUCACUAUAAUGAUUGCGCCUUUGCACGAAGAAAAACAGGCAGAAGUAGAAGAGAGACUUUGUUGGUAGCAUUGCUAAUGGCUAUCGAAGCGGUUCGGCCGAAACGCUAAUUUCGAGAGCUGGUGAAGUUUGGUAUUGUGUUAUGUGCAGUCUGUUUCCCAGUGCCCAGUUAUACGAGUAUACGUGGUAGUGGGUGUUUGUGGUAUCGAAUUAACUAGUUUAAACAGUUGUGUAUAAAAUCGUGGCUUUCAUAUUAUAAAGUAAAUUGUGAGAAAUGACCUGUUAAUGUAUGGAAGAUCGUAAAGCAGGUUUCCAUAUGGUACAAUUGCAAAAGGUGUCUUGGUGUUGAAGCCCUUUUGUCAUUAGAGCUGCAGUCACAUUGGAGGUAGACUGUGAACAGAGUUGUGUUACAAAAUGUCUAGCCAGAGCUUUGCUCUUGCAUCUCUUACUGCCACUUACACAGAUUCUGAAGGUGAAGAGGAUGGUGUUGUGGAUGAUAACGAGAAAUCACCAAAUGAUGAUAGUAGCGCAGAUCCCAAUAUAUCUAAUAUUACAACACCACCAGUUCCUGUAGUGCCUCCACGGUUAGUCUCAUACCAUGAUGAUACGGUUAUUUCAGAUGAUGAAGGAACCCCAGGUGAAGGUGCAGAGCAAGAAAGGCAGAAGUCAGUAGGUAGUGAAGGGGAUCCUUCAGAUGGUGUCCAUCUUCCUCCAGAACCAACAGGCCUUUGUUCAAAUUUGUGUCAAGACAAGAUAAGUCGUUUGUAUGAAAGGAUGCAAUCAAAUGGGUUGGACAUGAAUCAUGUGAUACAGCAGCGCAAAGAUUUCCGUAAUCCAAGCAUUUAUGAGAAAUUGAUUCAGUUUUGUAGUAUAAAUGAAUUUGGGACAAAUUAUCCAGCCCACGCUUAUGACCCUUUACGGUGGGGAAAAGAAUCAUUUUAUGAAGAACUAGCUCGCGUUCAAAAAGCAGAGAUGGAUCGACGUGAGAAGGAACGGAAAGAUAAAACAAAAGUUGAGUUUGUAUCAGGUACAGCUAAGCGACCAGGUAGUGGCUCAGGAGCAGAAGAUGAUGCUAAACGACGGAAGUCAAAGUGGGAUCAGGUUGGAACAAUGGUGGCAGCUAACAUGGCAGGAGGUACACAGGCUGGUCAUAUACUGAAACCAGCUGGACUGCUACAGCAACCAUCAUUAACAACAAGUGUUACAGUGACGUCACGAGCGGAGCCGAAGUGAGCCGAGCGGAGGCGGAGUUAGUCGAGCUCCCCCAACCUGGUAACUAUGCAACGCGAGUCAACAGCGGUGACGUCACCAAGGGAUAUCGCGGUUGCCAGGCAGCAGCCAACAACUCCUGUGACGUGUCACGCAACAGGCACCACUGCGGCUAUAUAAGGGAACUGCACAGCAGCUAUGACGAGUUGUAAAGUAACAGUCGCCGAGUAGAGUUGUAAUGUGGACAGUCGCCGAGUUGAGUCGUGCUGUGGCCAUCGCCAAGGUUAGCUCCGAGCAAGCCUACGAGUGAGUGUGUUAUCAACGGUUCUCCAGUCAGCC